AUGUUGGGUGCUGGGGUGCUUAUGCCACGCUGGAGCUUGCAACUUGAGAUUCCAGGGUGCAACAACCAGUGCAAGGGUGCUAGGAGGAAACAGGAAAGCGUGUUCCUAAAAAAUGAGAUCAUAUGUCGAUAUGGUCUACCUGAAAGAAUCAUUUCAGAUAAUGCUUUGAAUCUGAACAACAAGAUGAUGAAAGAAGUAUGUGAGCAAUUUCAGAUAAAUCAACAUAAUUCCUCACCUGAUUGCCCGAAAAUGAACGGAGCAGUAGAAGAGGCUAACAAAAAUAUUAAGAGGAUUAUCGGGAAAAUGACUGAGACAUAUGAAGACUGGUACGAAAAGUUACCAUUCGCUUUGUAUGCGUACCGUACCUCUGUGCGGACAUCUACGGGAGCAACUCCUUUCUCUCUGGUCUACGGAAUGGAAGCUGUUUUGCCUAUCGAAGUUAAAAUCCCAUCCUUACGCGUUUUGAUGGAAUCAAAAUUAGAAGAAUUAGAGUGGGUUUUAGCUCGAUAUGAUCAGCUAAACCUUAUUGAAGGGAAACGCUUGAAGGCAAUUUGUCAUGGACAGAUGUACCAGAAGAGAAUGAUCACGGCCCAUGAUAAAAAGGUGUGGCCAAGAGAAUUUCGCGAAUGGGAGCUCAUUUUAAGAAAGAUCCUCCCGAUACAAAAGGACUUUCGAGGAAAAUGGUCACCAAAUUGGGAAGGGCCAUAUGUUGUAAAAAGGCAUUCUCGGAAGGGGCUUUGA